GAGGUGGGCAGCGCUCCGAUGACGCAGGAAUAAUCCUGAGAAGAUGCUUCAAAACUCCAGGCCGGAGCCAGCGUGUGUGUGGCUGCUGGCGGAGCUGGAAGGAUCCCGAGCCUGGCAGGAACUGGAGCUGAGAAUAUUUAGAGCAGGUUCAGGAGCCUUCAGAGGAACUCUGAGUGCAGAGUAAAACACGCACAUUCAACCAGAGCCGCUUCUGUCAAAGACAAAUCCAGUUCUUUACCAUUAAAGCAGUUAGAGACGGCGACGGGCUCUCUUUCUUUUUCUCUCUCUGUGUGUGUGCAGCUGUCUGAGCGCUGCCAAGUGGAGCCAACUUGGAGAAAGAAACACUUGAAGAACAUCUGUCCAACACUGGUUCUCAGGUAUCUGAAGCAGGACCUGGAAAGUAGCAUCAUGCCAUAUUUCAUGUCACUGUGUGUGUACUUUCUGAUGACUCUGAGCCCAGUCCGGACAGACACCAUCACCGAGGACAUCAAGGUUUUGGUGUUUUUGCCUCAGAAUAACUCCUACCUUUUCUCACAUGCCAGAGUCGCACCAGCGAUUCUUUACGCGCAGCAGAGGCUGAAGGCGAACGGAGGACAGUUCUCCGGCUUCCACUUCAACAUCCAGUUUGAGAACUCCGACUGUGUCAGCGUCAACGAUGCCCUGUUUGUGUUAGUGGACAGGUCGUGUGAGCAGAAGCCGGAUCUGAUCCUGGGUCCGGUGUGCGAGUACGAGGCGGCGGUGGUGGUGAGGCUGGCGUCCCACUGGAACAUCCCGGUGAUCUCAGCAGGUGCCCUGGCCACAGGCUUCAGCAACAAGGACACCGAGUACUCCCACCUGACCCGCAUCGCCCCGUCCUACGAGAAGAUGGCAGAGAUCUUCACCGCGAUGUUCGAGCACUUCAGCUGGAAGAGCGCGCUGCUGCUCUACGAGGACGACAAGGAGGCGCGGGACUGUUACUUCACUCUGGAGGGAGUCUAUCACCUGAUGACCAACUUCAACAUUAAAAUAUACGCUGUCAACCAGGAGGAUCACUUUGACACUGACGACAUCCUCCAGAACAUCUAUGACACUGAAGUGGUGAUCAUGUGCAUGGGAGCGGACAAAAUCCGUGAGAUCAUGCUGGCUGCACACAGACGACGGUUCACCAACGGCAGCUACGUGUUCUUUAAUGUCGAACUCUUCAAUGUCUCGUCUUAUGGCAAUGGCUCAUGGAAGAGAGGAGAUAAAUAUGACAGUGAUGCGAAGCAGGCCUAUGCUUCUCUGAACACGGUGACACUCCUCAGGACAGUCAAGCCCGAGUUUGAAAACUUCUCCAUGGAAAUGAGGAAGUCCACUGAAAAAGCUGGCCUUCAUGACUGCAAAGACUGUGGAAGUGUCAACAUGUUUGUUGAGGGAUUCCAUGAUGCCAUGUUGCUGUAUGCCAUGGCCUUACAUGAAGCCAUGAAGAAUGGAUACAGUAAGAAGAAUGGGACAGCGAUCACCUCAAAUAUGUGGAACAGAACUUUUGAAGGAAUCGCUGGCCAGGUGUCCAUGGAUGGGAAUGGCGACAGACAUGGAGAUUUCUCGUUGAUGGCCAUGACCAAUGUUGAGGCAGGGACCUAUGAGGUGGUGGCCAACUACUUUGGUGUAAAUGGAACUUUUCAGCUGCUGCCUGGCUUCAACGCUGACCAUUUCACUCUGAGAGGAAGACAUAAAGUACACUCAGAAAUGCCGGAUAAAUCAUGUGGACUAGGAGUGUCAGCUUUGACUGGAGUCAUAGUGGGAGCUGUUCUGGGAACUAUAAUGCUUAUAGCAUUCUACUUUUUCAGAAAAAACUACAGGAUUACCAUUGAGCGUCGCACACACAGUGAAGAGGACGACACUGGGAAGCACCGUCAGUUACGAGAGGACUCCAUCAGAUCGAACUUCUCAGCAGCAUAGUCAGCAGCAGUGGCUGUCCCUUCACAGAGAAUCACACAUCUGAAUGUGACCAAAGACUGAGAUAUUUUGUGUUCAUAUCCUUCAAUGUUUUGACUUAUUGUAACUCAGGACAGUUGUAACAGUCACAAUGCACCACUGAUUUGGAUGUUCCUCCAUACAUACAAAGAUAUAUGAUUGUACUGGUGUAUAGAAAGCUUUGGCCAUAUACUCUUUGAGGGGCUUCUAUGUUUUUUGUAUUGAGAUGGUGGUUACCAUGCACUAGUAGGGUUGGUGAGAUCUGUUGUACUUUUACUGUACUGUACAGGUUGACAAAUAGAGCCCUAAUGUUUAAGGGUAGUAAACAAUAAUGGCAAGCAAAACUUGAUACAGCUGAAGUUAACUGACUAAAAAGGGAUAUAGGCUAGAUCUAUAUCUUCAUGUAUAUGCUAUAAGCUACUGAUAUCAAGCUACUGAUAUUGUAAUGUUUUCACUUCACCAUAACCUUGUUGAGAUCCAGCAGCCUCCAUACAAAUGACCUUAUUCUUAACUGUGCAUAUUGCUCCUAAAAAGAGAAAUACUGGGUCACAUAUCAUCUCGAAAGUACAUGUUUUCUACACCUUUAGAUUGGUUCAUUUACAGUAUUUACUUUUAUAAAUUCAGGUGCUCCCUGCAUUAAAAAAUGUUUACUACUUUCUGAUAAAGCAUACUUUGCAAAGUGUGCUUUCUAAAUGGUUAAUAAAUUCUCCACUAAUGCUUUAUAGAUCAGUUAUAAGAACAGUAUGGGUUGGGUUAUGGUUAUUUUGGCCUAACAGCUAACUGCUCUCCAAAUGAGCUAAAGGCAAACUAUUACAACUUGAGUUGUUUUUUUGUAGCUCUGGCCUUUGGUGCAGUUGUGAUCAUGUGACCUGUCUGAUCUUCAGAGUGCUCAACUUUGCCCUGCUGGACCUUUUUUAGCAAAGGAACUAUAUUUUGAGAUCUUACCAAUUACUGUGGUGAGUACAAUGUCAUCAGAACUGUUCAAACUAAUGGCCAGAGCUGCAAAAAUAGUAGUUAAAAAACAAAAAAGAUGAUGAUAUAGAAAUAGUUUUUCCUUUAUAGUGUUAGCUAAAAAUAUAUACAAUGUUUUUAUUGGUUUUAAUGGUUCAUUACUGAUGCAUUCAUUACUGAAUUAUUUAACAUUACCAAAUACACUCAUUCAUUCAUUAUCCAUACCCCUUAUCCUUAAGAGUCACAUGCCAAUAUAUAUAUAUAUAGGCAUACGGGCAGUUUAGAAUCACCAGCCUUCUUGCUGUGAGGCAACAGUGCUAACCACUGCACCACCAUGCUGCCUCUUAUCAAAUACAUAUGUCCCAAAUUAUAAAGCCUUGAUAGACAUUCCUUAUCAGAAAGCGGAACAGAAAUCAUAAUUAACUGAUAUUCAGACAGGUAACAGAUACAAAGAUACAUUCCAUAAACAGUAGAGACUGCAUGAAAAAAAUAUUUCACUCUUCAUUAGUGAACUUUACAUUUUUAUAAAAGUCUGCGUCCAUUGGGCCACAUUACUCACAGGAUUUAAAGACAAGGUUUUUAUAGAAACAAAAUAAAGACAAUGAACUUGGUAAAUAACCUCCCAAGCCUGUUGGUUCAGUUUGUGUGUUGGAGAAAAUAUUCAAAUUUAUCGUGUACUAUUUAUAAAGCAGUUUUAUUCUGGAGCACCACAUUCACUUGCUUUAUUUAACACUCUGUAUAAUAUUACUAAUGACCUUUGGUAUCUGGUAGGUUAUAGUUCUUAACAGUGACCUUAAUGUAUUUAAGUUAUUUUAUGUUAUUUAUAACAUCAAUAUUUUAAAAUAUGUUUCUCUCUGAAUUUAUAGUGAUUUUAUUAAACUUCAUCCUAUUUGUUUUCUUCA